UCUAAAAGCCGUGAAUAGUGUUUCUUAUUUCUCAAGACAGAAGAGGGCUGUAGUGAUGUCGAAAACAUGAGGCCUGACCAGCACAAACAAAAAAAAAGUCAGCAAUAUAAAAAGAAACAUGGAAUUCCUACCAAAGGCAAAGAGCACAAAGAAAACAAAGGACAAGAACAUGGAACAAAGAAAACGGAAUCACACUUGAAUCAUCAGAAAGAAGAUUUUACAAAUGUGAGUGAUUCUGAAGAAUUUGACAGUGUUUCUAAGCCUUUAUUUCGACGGAGAAAACUUGCCAGUAAUUGGGAUCGUUAUGCUCCUUUACCACCAGAAGAUGAAGAUGAUGUGAAACCCCAGCAGAUUGGUGUUGACUUUGUCAGCUUGCUCAGUCAAACAGCUGAUUCUUUGUCACAGUUUCGAUUUAAAGAUGAAAAAGAAUGGGAAGAUGAGAAAUCAAUUAAUUCAAGUUUUGUUGCUUUAAAUUGUGAAAAGCUUGCAGAAAGCCUUCAGUGUAUCCCACUCCAUGAGCGGCUUGCUCUUCCUGUUUCGUUAUUCAGUCCAGAUCAGAUUGAUGCUUUCCGUACUGCAGCAGCUGCAGAGGAAGCCAAAUAUGUGCCAGAUUCUGGCAGCACCAUACUUCAAGAGUCACUGCCAGUAUUUAGUCAUAAAACAAUUGAGACUAUAUUAUCAACCGGAUUUCAGGUUCCUGAAACUGAUGAGAAAUGGCACGUUGAUCUGAAACCUUGUACUGAAACCACAGUGGAAACAGAUCUAAAUGAGAAUCAAGAUAAAUCUGCAAAUAUAGCCGAACCGAAACAAACUUCUAAUGAAAAUGACUGUAAAACUUCUCACAUUGUUCUAACGCAGUGUGAGACUGAAGUUGAUGCACUUUUAUCAAUGGGCAGUUCAAAAACAGAUGUAAAUAUGGGCAAUCAGCAAUUAAUGCAGAAUGAUACAUCCUGUAAACAAUCCAAGGAUGAAGAAUUAGCACAGAUUAACGGCCCAGAAGCUUUACCUAAGAAAACGGAAAAGCAAUAUGUUAGUGCUGCAACAUCUUCAUUGGAAGAUUGGCUUGACAGUGUACUGGAUGAUUAGCUAUUUAUUUCUGUUGCUGUUGAUUUAAAAAAAAAUACUCAGAAUAAAAGACAUAUCUAUGGAUAGCAGAUUCCACCAGAAGAUACCACUAAUAUGCUGACUCAAUUGUUUCCACUGGUACCAGAAAGAAAAAGAAAGAAAUAAUAAUCCUUUCUACUAAAGGCACAAGGCCUGAAAUUUAUGGGGAGGGGACUAGUUGUUUACAUUGUCCCCAAUGUUUCACUGGUGCUUAACAAAUAAAAUAUCUGUACAUGUAUGAACUUUUAUCUAUAUACAUUUUGCUGGCUACUAACUUACUGAAAUCCUUUUACAAUGCAAAUCUAUUUUUGUGAAAUGUGUUUGUAUAAUACUUUAUUAUUGUAAUGGAGAUAAAAAAUAAACUAUCAAAAGAUUUUACAAGGCAAUUGCCAAAGAGUUAAAAGUUUGCGAAAUAAAAAAAUUUGUUUUACUUUUACCUUA